CCAACAGCAUCGAUCGGGCAGUGCUCACUGGGUUGGCCCCAUUUCUAAUGUUCUGUGAAAGUAUUUCCGUGGAGUGUGUUGCCGUCGCGUUCUGUGAAGAGGUUCAGUUAAGGGAAACAGUUACACUUCCACCAUGGCUCGAUAUCUGUUGCAUUUGUUUGGCUUGUGCUUCCUGUAUUUGACAAGUCUUCGAUUGAUGCACGGUGCUCCCGCAGUGCCGACGAAAGAAAUGAUUGAUUUUAUGCGACGAUUUGGCUAUCUGGAGAAGGGCCCUACACAGGCGGAAGCGCUGUACAGUGGGGAAGCAAUUAUCGAUGCUAUUAAGCAUGUGCAGAAAUUUGGCGCGCUGCCACAGACGGGUGUGCUAGAUCGAAGAACGAUCGAGCUAAUGUCAGCGCCCCGAUGCGGCGUGGUCGACGUGAUGCAGCACGAUCAAUCAUUACGCCACCGGCGGUACGUGAUCGGUUCGGAGAGCUGGCGGAAACGGCGCAUAACAUACUUCAUCGCGAACUGGUCCAGCAAGGUUGGCGAGGACGCGGUGGCCAAGUUUAUGGCCAAAGCGUUCGGCGAGUGGAGCAAGUACAGCAAGCUACGGUUCGUCCGCGUGUACGACCCGUCGGCGGACAUCAUCGUCGGGUUCGGCAGUGGCCACCACGGGGACAACUACCCGUUCGACGGUCCUGGGAACGUACUGGCCCACGCCUUCUAUCCGUACGAAAUGAACGCGUACGGUGGAGAUGUCCACUUCGAUGAGGACGAAAAUUGGAAGGAAAACUCGACGCAUCUGAGCGAGGGGGUGGACUUUUACUCGGUCGCGAUACACGAGCUCGGCCAUUCGCUCGGGCUGGCCCAUUCGCCCGUCUACUCGUCGCUGAUGUUCCCGUACUACAAAGGCAUCGCCCAGGGCACGCUCGAUUACGAUGACAUCUUGGCGAUGUACCAGCUGUACAUUCAAAAUCCUCACAUCACGGACGAACCGGAUUGGAUGUACACUACCGAAGCGAGCACAACCGUGGACGAGUACGGUACCGUGACGCCGGCCGUCCCACGGCUGCCCGAUUUAGACAGCGAACCGCACUACCCAGAACCGGACCCACUCCCUACCAGUACGCCGGCCCUCUCCUCCACGACGGAAGUGUACGACAUCCCGAUCACGUUCGUCGGUGACUACGAAACGGUGGACGAUCACAUCAGCCGGCACCAUGCGCAAUCGCCGCCACCGACCAGUGUCACAAUGCCACCGGAGGAUCGGCCACCGGCAGCCAUUCCCUCCUACCUGCCGGUGCCGGAUAUCUGCAGCGGCAGUUUCGACGCGAUCGGGCUGCUCCGGGGCGAGAUCUUCAUCUUCAAGGGUGCGUACUUGUGGCGGCUGACGGAAAAGUAUCGCAUCAAGACCGGGUACCCGGUGCGCAUCUGGCAGGUGUUUCGCGGGUUUCCCAAAACCGUCAGCCACAUCGAUGCCGUGUACGAGCGGCUCGAUGAUAAUGCGAUCGUACUGUUUUCCGGCCGCUUCUACUGGGUGUUUGAUGCGCUAAACUUCCUGCACCCGGAAGUGCGGCCCCUGACAGACUUCGGGCUGCCGGAAGAGCUGCGACGCAUCGAUGCGGCACUGGUGUGGCCGAAAAACAACAAAACGUACCUGUUUGCGGGCGAUCGUUUCUGGCGGUACAACGACACGGCCGGCGAAAUGGACGAAGGCUACCCGUCCUCCAUGGACCGUUGGUUUGGCAUACCGAACAAUAUUGAUGCCGCCACGGCUGUUGCUAGCGGCAAGACGUACUUCUUCAAAGGGAACUACUACUGGCUGUACAAUAAUGAGCGCGUCCGCCCGGAACGUGGAUACCCUCGGCGAACGGGAAAUAUAUGGCUCGGUUGCCGAUAAGAUGCGAAUGCGAAUGCGUCACGUGCGCCCAAUGCCGUGGGCCUUUCCGAGUGCAUCUCCACCGCCACCCGGACUUUCAACAUUGGACGGAAAAUGAGACGUUGUGUAACUGCGUAUGUUUACUGCAUUUUGAAACCAAAGCUAUUGAAUUGUGCAUUUUCUCACCAAGUGGCCAAAUAGUCAGUAAUAAAGUAUGU